AUGACAAGAAACGUUCUAAAAAGGAAUUCCAUUCAAGACAAAAGUAGAAUUGAAUAUACUCCAUUAGUUGAUGAAAAUGGUCAACCAAUACCUAAAACUCCUAGAAAACCAAAACGGAAAGUUGCUGUUAUGUUAGGAUAUUGUGGUAGUGGAUAUAAUGGUAUGCAAGUACAAAAUGAUCCUAAUGUUAAAACUAUUGAAAAAGAUAUUUAUGAUGCUAUGACUAAAGCUGGAGCUAUAUCAUUAGAAAAUUCUGUUGAUUUAAAAAAAUCGGGAUUUCAAAGAGCUGCAAGAACUGAUAAAGGAGUUCAUGCUGCUGGUAAUGUAAUUUCAUUAAAAAUGAUAAUUGAAGAUCCUAAUAUUAUUAAUAAAAUUAAUGAUUUAUUACCUAAACAAAUUAGAAUUUGGGGAAUUCAAAGAACUACAAAAGGAUUUGAUUGUAGAAAAUGUUGUUCUUCAAGAAUUUAUGAAUAUUUAUUACCAACUUUUAGUUUAUUACCACCAAAACCAAAAUCAAUAUUAAGUGAAUUAAUUAAAGAGAAAAAAUUGAAAAAUCCUGAAUUAUUUGAAGAUGAUCAAGAAGGUAUUGAUUGGUGGGAAAAUGUUAAAAUGAAAAUUUUACAAUCAGGUAUUACUCAAGAACAAAUUGAUUCAAUUACAAGUUCUUAUAAUGAUAAUGAUGAACAACAAGUGACAGGAGAUGAAAAAGAUGGUGAGAGAGAAUUAUCAUUCACAAAAUUGAUUAAACAAAUUAAAACUAUUGAAAAUCAAAGUAGAAGAUCAUAUAGAAUUUCAUCAAUUCGUUUAAAUCAAUUCCGUGAAGUUAUGAAACAAUAUGAAGGAACUCAUAAUUUUCAUAAUUUUACUAUUGGUAAACCUUUUAAAGAUACUAGUGCUAAUAGAUUUAUAAUUAAAACUUUGAUAUCAGAUCCAUUUGUUAUUGAAGGAACUGAAUGGAUUUCAAUUAAAAUUCAUGGUCAAUCAUUUAUGUUACAUCAAAUUAGAAAAAUGAUUGCAAUGGCAACUUUAAUAAUUAGAUUAAAUUUACCUUCAAAUAUAAUUAAUAAUUUUUUCCAACUGAAAAAAAUUAAUAUACCAAAAGCUCCAGCAUUAGGAUUACUUUUAGAAAAUCCUGUAUUUGAUGGUUAUAAUAUUAAAUUAACUAAAUCAGAUUAUCAACCAAUUGAUUUCACUAAAUUUUCUAAAGAAAUGAAUGAUUUUAAAAUGAAAUAUAUUUAUAAUAAAAUUUAUGCUGAAGAAAGUAAAGAAAAUAUUUUUUAUGGAUUUUUCGGUUAUAUUGAUGCUUAUAGAAGUAAUAAAAAUGAAGAUGGUGAAUUAAUUCAAAAUGGAUCUAGUAUUUUUGAUUUCUUAUUUAAUUAUACUGAAAAAGUUGAAAAUACCGAAGAAAAAGAAAAAGAAAAAAAAAAUGUUCACCAAUCUGAAGUAGCCAAAACUGAAACAAUUUAA